AUGCAAAUGCAACACCAGCACCAACUGCCGCCGCCGUCGCCGCGCCCAACGACUCCCACCGCCGCCGGCAAGGACAACGGCCGCAGACCCACCAACAUCUCCGUCCUCCUAACCAUCUCGCUCUUCUCCCUACUCUUCAUCUUCUCCCUCUCAUCCUCCUCCCCCAAUUCCGCCUCCUCCUCCGCCCGUACCCAACCCGACCCGCGCCUCUUCCCGACCCGGCAGCCCACCUUCUCCAAAAUCCCUUCCGAUCCCGCCCCGCCUUCCGUCGCCUACCUGAUUACCGGAUCCAAAGGCGACUCCGGUCGGAUCCUCCGCCUCCUUUCCGCAGUCUACCACCCGAAAAACCGCUACUUGCUCCACCUCGACCUCUCCGCCCCGCCGUCGGAGCGGGACAGGCUGGCCCUGGCCGUCGAAUCGGUCCCUGUUUUUCGGGCCGCCCAGAAUGUGGAUGUGAUUGGGAAACCGGAUUUUACUUACCGGAGAGGGUCGUCGCCGGUUGCGGCUACUUUACACGGAGCUUCUCUGUUGCUGAAGUUGUCAAAGAAUUGGGAUUGGUUUGUCAGCCUGGGAGCCGCCGAUUACCCUCUUGUGACCCAAGAUGAUCUACUCCACAUUUUCGCCUACUUGCCCAAAGGUCUCAAUUUCGUGAGUCACAGUAAUUACAUUGGCUGGAAAGAGUCUAGAAGAUUGAAACCAAUCAUUGUUGAUCCAGGGCUUUAUCUGGCCGAGAAAAGCUACAUGUUCCAUGCCACACAGCGGCGACCGUUGCCUACUUCUUUCAAGCUAUUUACAGGCUCUUCCUUCUCAUUUCUCAGUCGUAGCUUCGUCGAGCACUGCAUCCUAGGUACAGACAACCUCCCGAGGAUCUUGCUGAUGUACUUCUCAAACACAAUGUCUUCCAUAACCAGCUACUUCCCCACACUGCUAUGCAACUCUCCUCAAUUCAACAGGACGGUCAUAAACCAGGACUUGCAGUACAAAAUCCUGGAUCAGUCCUUCAGGCAGGAGCCCCGUGCCCUAAACUCCACCGACUUUGAUGCCAUGAUCAAGAGUGGAGCUGUAUUCGCCACCGAGUUCCAGCCUGACGAUCCGGUGCUUGACCGGAUCGACAGUGACGUCCUUGGGAGAAGCGCUAGGGAAAUUGUGCCUGGUGGUUGGUGCUUAGGAGACCCUGCGAACGGUACAUGUUCGGUUUGGGGGGAUGCCAAUGUUCUGAGACCUGGCAAAGGAGCGGCGAGGCUCGAGAAGCGUAUUGUUGAAAUGCUGUCAAAUAGACGGUUCCGGUCUCAGCAGUGUAUAUCUGAAUGA